AUGGCGUCGACUAGUGGCAAUGCAGAGUCUGACGAUGCCGGGGUCCAGUCCGCGAGUAGCUACAACGCUGACGAACUACUCGCACGCUGCAGGGACCUGCAGGAAGAAGUGCGACAAUUCGGUGACCACCUGGCAAAGGCCUACGAUGGCUACUUCCAACCUGAUUUCCCCACCCGGCUGCAUGCUACUUUCAGCAAUAACCUACGAGCAGAAGUGGAAGCGAUAAGGAAGCACAUGGAGUCCCCAGAUCCAACAUCAAUACACCACCUGUCGAGCUCGAACCUGCCCUUUUUCCAGACAGUAUGGGAUGCAGCAAAGCGAGCACGAGGCAUCGUCAGACUGCAAUGUCCCGUAUGGCCUGGCCCAAAGAAGCAAGCCGCUCUGGCCCCUGGUCACCGCAUCAUUCUGUCUCAAGGGAGCGGCCAACGGAAGUCUGGAGACAGCGCUUUUAUCAUCGAUGUCAUAGCCGAUGACGGAAAGUCUUGGCUCAAGGUAUCGACCUACAGUAACAAUCGGCUGGUGCACGAUUGCGCCAAGGAAGGCGUCUUCUGUGGAGACAGCGACGAAGACGACGAUGACGGACCAGACGCGGACGAUUUCUCUGACAUCCCUCUCGUGAAGACGGCGCAAAAACUAGCCAAUACAGCUCAAGGGUACCGCAUCGGAACGCGAAGUCCAACAUGCUACCUUAUACUGCCCGGGAUUUUCGAAGGGCAAGAUUUCGCGGUGGACAAGAUUUUGGACAUAUGUCGCCACAUUGGUAUCAAUAUGAUAUGUGGAAACGCCGUACCGCCGGCACCACUGCUAUCGGAAAGCGUGCUCUCCUCUAUGGUCCCAGGACCAAAGGCCAAGAUAAGCAAAGUCCUGAAUAUGGACACUUCCAUUCUGAUUGCUCUUGCGUCCGAGUUCUCCAACAUGAAGUUUGAGGACCUGCCGUCGAGGAUUCAUCGAAACAAGACUCACAUUGAUCAUGCACACCUUGAGAGAAAAGAGCCGUUUCUCGCACAGAUUCUACUCGUGCUGAGUGACCGUGAGCUUGUAUGCACGAAAGAAGCGGCUGCAGCACUCUCUCAUAUCGUAAACACGAUAGGCACAGACGCGGAAAAUGCUCGUGCUCAUCUCCUCCUCAACGUUGAUCCUACCAAGACUCGUGAGCAGCGGAUAGCCGAGCUACAGGGCCUGUCGGUCCACCGUAUCCCAGCUUGCUUGCAGCUGCCGAUCCGGAUAGUCGGUAUGGACGAUGAUGACUGCCAGGCUCGCUUCACGGCGCCCAUCAAGGAGUGUCUGGCUGUGUUGCUCAACCCUGCAAGGUCAGUCUUCAGUUACGGUUGGGCCAAGUCCUUUACCACAGUCACUUGCAAUGGGGUCGCGGUCAAGCAGCUCGAGAGGGAUUUGGAGAUGUCACCGACUCUAGAGUUGGAGUGGCCUUCGGUAUGGGUAAUAGCGACGUCACGACCGCUGGUCGGCAUCCCGAGGAAAGCCGGCUUCCGACGCGUAAGGAAACAUAUAGGAGAUUGUCGAAUUACAUGUACAUGCGGCGUGGAGAAGCUGUAUGCCAGCCGAAGCGACGUCACGAUCCUAUAG